UGGACCCUCCCGGAGCUCUUCCGGGUGUGGAUAACCCACAUUUCCUCCUGCCGACACGCAUUCCCAAGAAAACAUCCUGGAUAACGGGCCGAGCUGCGUGUUGGUGCAAACCAACGAAUGAAACGGAGCACUCGAGGUGAAAGACAGACAGUUCGCCAGAUACAGGACAUGUUUGACGACCGACUGUGGGAACCGUGGAAUAUUUGAGAUGUCAGCGCAUCAUUUUCCAACAUCAUUCGCCAGCCAGCUGUUCACGUUUCGAGUUACAGAACGCAGACCUUCUCUGUAGUGACUCCUUUCAAAAUACAAGACAUUAAGCAAGCAUUUUAAAUAGGGAAACAAUAUGUGGCUAUACACUUUGGCUAUUUCUCUUAUUGUCAUUGCGCAUGAGGUCAACGGAGAGCCACAUACGCGUCCAUCCUCGGCGACGCAGCUGAAUUCAACAUUGCCCCCUCAAGAAGAAGAUUCAACACACAAUACAACAGAUGCAGAGAUUGGAUCUCGUAUUUCUACUAUUUUAAGGGAUCUUCCUACUAUCAAAGGCAUUUCGAUUUUCAUCUGCGUAUUAACAACCUUGCUAAUCACGUGCCUUGUCAUAAAAAUAUUCAGAUCGGCAAAGAAGAUCAGAAAAACGCGAAAAUAUGACAUCAUCACAACUCCCGCUGAGCGUGUAGAGAUGGCACCUUUAAAUGAAGAAAAUGACGAAGAAGACGAUUCAACCCUGUUCGACGUCAAGUACAGGUGAAUGGCAUUCUGCGCUCAUUCAUUGUUGAAGAUCUUUUCUAAAACCCCCUGGAUGAACACAUCUAUACAAGAAUUGUGCUCCCUGCAUCUCUAAUUUGAUCCUUUUCCUCAGAGGCUUGAAACGUCAGCGGAACCAGAGUUUUUUGAUGUAUUCCUAUGUUCUGACAUUCCAAACCAGCAUUAAAUGUGAUGUCUUAUGAAAGCUUUUCCAGCAAAGAUUGAUGAAAACAACAUUUUUCUUUGCUUCAAAGAAAGGAGAUACUAAACAAAAUUAAUUAUUGCACAGCUUUUCAUAUUUUGCCCAAAAACAUUCCAGUUGUUUGGUAGAAAGUCUGCAAUUCAAUAUAAAAUAUUCAAUUUUGCCCAGGCAGCUUUGAACAUUUCUGUUACAGUAUAUUACACUGAAGCUAUUUUGAGUAAUGUUUUUAAAAUGUAAUGAUAAUUUCAGACAAAAAUGAUUGAUUUAAAAAUUCUACACAUUAUAUUGUUUUCUUUAAGUGAUUUAGCUGUGCUUAAAUCUGCUCAAAGAUUCCAAUUAAAAGAAUAUCGAUAUAUUUUCGUCCAAAUCUGACGAUGUUAAAUGGAUGUUCAUGAUCCAAUACUGAAACUGUCUUUAUUAUAUACUAUUGUCUGUAUAUACUGUAUGCAAAUUAGUUUAUUUUUAGAAAAAAGCAUAUUUUGAUUUAAUAAGAGUAAUAUGUUUCAAACCUCCCUAUAUUUUAAAAAAUAUUAAUCUACUAACCACUAAUUGUGCGUAUUUACUGUAUAAGGGUUGAAUGUAUGUGUGUGUGAGAGAGGAUGUGUUGAGUUGGGAGAAUAUUGUUGCCAUAUUGCUGCUCUCUGAGGUCGGGGAUUGUUUUUUAUUGUCGCGUAUGCACACCUCCUUUUUUAAUUAACUGGUUUUUACAGUGGAAAACUGCGGUGCCACACAUCAUGAAGAGUUUAAACAUAUAUAGCUGUUAUAUCAGAUAUGUUAAAUUAUAUUUCCCAGAUUUAGAGCAGCAUUGAAAGAGUAUAUUUGAAAACUACAAUGAUAUAUUGAUGAUAUAUUGUGUUAUGUGACUUUUCCUUAACUAUAGUAUGACUUUAUUUUAUCUUGACGCUCCUAAUGUGAAGGACUUAAGUCCAGCAUCUAAGGACCAAUAAGAAUGUGUAUUGAAUUAUAAAUUGUUUAUGAUGUGGCUGACUAGAAAAUGAAGUAUGUGGUUCUCUCCGUCUAUUCUGCUCUAAAUGUUUCCAUCUUCCUAAUGUAUUUCACACAAAUCUGAAUUAAAAUGAAGGAGAGGAA